AUGAAUCUUGAAGAUCAGAUCCAAGUUGUACAAGAUAUUAGACUGAGUCUGAGAAGAUCAGCAACCAAGCUGUCUAAAUUGAAGCUGUACAAAUCUUCGAAAUGGGCUGCCGAAGCAUUGUGUGGCAUGAUAGAGCUUUCGAGUCUCACCGUAUCAGAUGCAGCUGGUUCUGCUAGUAGGGAUGGGAACGAUACGAGAGAGGACAACCAAGGUUAUCAGGAUUUCUCGGAACUUUCAGAGCAGGAGUACGACCUGUAUUUAUUGGCAUCGACGCUGUUCGAUUGUAAAGAAUUUGAUCGGUGUGCAUUCUUCCUUAAAGAUGUUUCAAAUCCUUGUCUGAAGUUCCUCAAACUGUAUGCUGAAUAUCUCAGCUGGGACAGCAAAGUUCGAAACAGUACGGAAGAUAUUCUAACGUCUGGCAAGACACCGAGGCAUAUGAUCCGCAAUGCAAAUCACGCGAAUGAUUCCAAUAGAGAACUUGGAUCGCGAGGGGCCUCCAAAUCCCCGCUGUCAGGCGAUGGGCAACAAGCAGACUCGCCUGUUAUCAUGAAGGAAUUAACGUCCUUCCUCGAAAAGACUGAAACGCAGGAGACGGGCUCCAACAUCGGUAUUGCAUUAUUAUACUACCUUAAAGGCAUAUUACUCAAGCACGAUGACAACAAAAGUGAAGCAAGCUCGUGCUUUCUUCGAUCGUUAUCUUUGUAUUCUUAUAACUGGACUUGUUGGGUUGAAUUGUUAGACUGUCUUUCAAGAUCAGAUGAAUCACUUUUGCUGCUGAAGCACAUAGAAAGUAAACUGAAACUGCAAUCAAAUGAUAACAUAAGGUCACAAAGUUCAAUCCAGGAUAAUGCUAUGAUGAAAUUCUUCAGGGUUGCCCUCUUCCAGGAGUUUAGUGGAAAUGUUGAUGUUUUCCUCGAGGAGCUACACUAUCUGCAUUCAAUAUUCCCUAAUUUCACAUAUCUCAAGGCACAAAAUGCUUUGAUCAACUAUAACUAUAUGGACUAUGGGAACGCGGAGAGCCUGUUUGAUCAAAUUGUUAAGUCUGACCCAUACCGACUAGAUGACCUUGAUACCUACUCCAAUAUACUGUACGUCAUGCAAAAGCACUCGAAGCUCGCAUAUCUGGCACAAUUCACAUCUCACGUCGAUAAAUUUCGACCGGAGACGUGUUGCGCUAUCGCAAAUUACUAUAGCGCUAGGCAGGAGCACGAAAAAUCGAUCAUGUACUUUAGGAGGGCUCUGACUUUGAACAGAAAUUGCACGAGCGCAUGGACUCUGAUGGGUCAUGAGUUCGUUGAGCUGAGGAACUCUCACGCAGCGAUUGAAUGUUACCGCAGAGCCGUGGACAUUAAUCCGAAGGAUUUCAAAGCAUGGUAUGGUUUGGGCCAGGCAUACGAGGUUCUUGACAUGUACCUUUAUUCGUUGUACUACUUUCAAAAAGCAUGCACACUCAAGCCACUAGAUAGACGUAUGUGGCAAGCUCUAGCAUCGUGUUACUCGAAAGUCGGAAACAGGCAGGAAGCAAUAAAGUGCUACGAAAGAGCACUACAACUUUCCCUCAACGUGGAUCAAGAUAGUGUCCUUUUCUAUCGUUUGGCAGAGCUCUACGAACAGAUUCAUGACGUUGCGAACUGCAAAAAAUUCAUGGUACGCUGCGUAGAUGUAGAGGAGGCUACUGAAGGACUGAUAACUGACGAGACUGCCAAGGCGAGACUCUGGCUGGCAAAGUUCGAAGCCAAGCGAAAGAACUAUGAGCAAGCAUAUAACUACGCUGUAGGAGUGUCCCACGGUACCUCUCAGGAGAUUGAAGAGGCAAGAUCGAUAGCUAGAGAGUGUAGACAGAGGAUUCAAUAG